AUGAGUAACACUGUCCCUGAUCUGACAAUAGUUAAAGAUAUCCCACCAGCAGAGCAUCCAGUUGAAGUAAUUGGCCGAAUCCGAGACUACCCAGAUCAGAAAAACAAGCCCAUCUCUGCAUUGCAAAUCAACCAAGACCGCCAAUCCCUUAGAGUUAAGACCGAUAUUGGGUUCAGAGAUUUUAGUCUUGAUGGUGUAUCUUUGUCAGAAGAAGAGGAUCUUGAUGGAUUUUAUAAAAAAUUUGUUGAGGAAAGGAUCAAUGGAGUGAAACUGGGGGCUAAAUGUACAAUCAUGAUGUAUGGACCUACGGGUUCAGGGAAGAGUCACACGAUGUUUGGAUGCGCGACGCAGCCAGGGAUUGUGUAUAAGUCUCUCAGAGAUAUAUUGGGAGAAGAGGAUGAAGAGAAUGGUGGUAAUGAUCAGAGGGUUGGUGUCGGGACAUUUGUUCAAGUCACUGUUUUGGAGAUAUACAAUGAGGAGAUUUAUGAUCUGCUUUCGACUAACACUGGUGGAGGGUUUAGUCUUGGGUGGUCCAAGGGAAGUGCUUCCAAGGUGAGACUGGAAGUGAUGGGAAAGAAGGCGAAAAAUGCAACAUUUAUCUCUGGAAAUGAAGCAGGGAAGAUAUCAAAGGAAAUUCAAAAAGUUGAAAAACGAAGGAUAGUUAAAAGUACCCUAUGCAAUGAGAGGAGCUCACGAAGCCACUGCAUGAUAAUUCUUGAUGUACCAACAGUGGGAGGGCGGCUUAUGCUUGUUGACAUGGCAGGUUCAGAAAAUAUAGAACAAGCUGGACAAAAUGGUUUGGAAGCAAAAAUGCAGGUAGAAAUUUAAUGACUUGUGCUUUUCUAUCUCCCUGUAAAUUCUUUUUCUCUAACCUUUUCUUUUCCAUUGAAGUGUGAAG